CACAAAUUAAUCAUUUUAGGCGUUUACAUUUACGAAAAUACAUAGGAAAUUUAACUUAUCUUUAUAGUUUGUAUUGUACGUAAAUCUAUUAUAAAUAAGUGUCACGACUAACGUAAAGUUGGAGUAAAGAGUAACACAGUCGUUUAAAGUUUAUAAAAUGCCAGCAUACCACUCUACUUUAACGGACUACACACAGUCCGUAGGAAACCUCGCUCUUUUGCCAAUACGCACGACUUUUAGGGGUCCUGCUCCAAUAAAUCCAAAGAUAGAAUUAGAUAUCAUCGAUGAAGCAUUAAAUUACUUUAAGGCCAAUGUUUUCUUUCGAUUUUACGAAAUCAAGUCUGAUGCAGACAGGGUUCUCAUCUACUUAACUUUAUAUGUAUCGGAAUGCUUGAAAAGACUACAGAAAUGUUCAAAUAAGAACCAAGGGCAGCAAGAGAUGUAUAUGCUUGCAAUAUCCAAGUUUGAUAUUCCUGGUGAAGCUGGAUUUCCAUUAAACUCUGUUUACGCUAAACCCUCUAGUCCUCAAGAAGCUGAUUUAAUGAGACAGUAUCUUCAGCAAUUAAGACAUGAAACAGGUGGUAGAGUCUGUGAAAAGGUAUUUGCUACUGAAGACGGCAAGCCAAGCAAGUGGUGGUUGUGCUUUGCAAAAAGGAAAUUUAUGGACAAGUCUCUAUCUGGGCCAGGCCAAUAAAAUAUUCCAAAUUACUAUAAAAAACAUUUAUUUUAUGUAUUUUACAUAGUAUUAUGUUUACUUCUUUCAAAUAAAUAUUGAUUAUGCUAAA